UGCGCAGACGGAAUCUAGACGCGAUUUGUCACCGUCCCGUAAGAUGGCUCUGCAGUUGGUGAGUGGCUGCUUUUGCUCUCUUCAGCUCCACUCACCCCACUAUAUCUGUUCUACACCAAUCAAUAACCAUCGGGCUCAGGGUCUGUCAUUGAUUACGGAUGCUUGCCAAAGCAACAAUUCACACUGGACUGGAAUGGCGAAUUACUACCAUUCAACAUAAUGGAAGAGGGGAUUACCAUCCUCGACAUAUAAUAAUUGCGCCUGCUCUUGCCCCCCUUUCCACUGCUUCCCUCUGUUUCUCAGACCUAGAUUCCUCCAAAGACCGUUUUCUGCCAUCCUUUCAGAACCCAAUUCAUACUCCACCAGUCACCAUGGCUCCCAAGGUUGCUAUCGUCUUCGUAUGUGUUCCCUUCAUUCUCAAUGGCAUGGCCCUCGUCUCGUCCUGUUUGUUGACACUUCGCUCUGGAAGAGAUGGUCGCUGACACUUGACUAUGCAGUACUCGAUGUACGGCCACAUCCUCAAGUUGGCCGAGGCCGAGAAGAAGGGU